AUCCUCAGCAGCCAGCUCUCCCUUUCCACUCGACCCCUUCUGUUUUACUGGAUGAACACAUUUAGUAUACAUAUUUGAUCAAUUUAUUUGAAAUAUUUGUUCUUAAAUAUAGUGGCCAUGCCAACAACAGCAACAUAAUGAUGGAAUGGUAACAGUCGGUUGUACUCAGAGGCAAAUAAACAUCACUUGUUACAGUGUGGCGGAAGUGAGUGCUGGAGUUUAUGUUGUGCAUCUGAAACCACACCACAUGAAAGCUGACGAUACUCUGUGACACGGCUCAAGGAUUGGACUUUGAGUUCCUGCAAUCGAAGAACAAUUCAGGACAGAUACCUCAGAGUCCAAACUGCGGUAGACGAGGCUCUGCAUCAGCAAACACUUAGCAGAACAAACGGGUGCUUACUCACAGGAAACAAAAGGUACAAACAUGUCUGAAUAUGAUGACAAAGGAGACUGGAAGGAUAAAGAAGUCCCUAAGAGCAGACGGCCCGCUGUCCCUGAGGUCCUGCAAGAGGAUGCUGAAAGCGCAGGUAAAGAACUCUGCAAGACAGCCGAGGAACAGGAGGCAGAGGAACCAGAGGAGGGGCUGGCAUCGAUGUGCCGUAGCCACAAGCUCUGGGACGGCUAUAAAGAGGACAGGGCCUUUACAGGAGAACCUCUGGCCCCAGACGGAAGCAAAGUAAGGAAUGAGGCGGAACUAGGUUGGAGCGAAAGUGAUGAGGACAUGGGCUAUUUUCAGAAAGGACCUCAAGAUGAAAGUUGGAUGAACACACAAGGUGAUUUCCUUCCGGAGGAAGAGCGAGGGAGCGCCAACGAGAGGGGUGCGGAGUCGGAUGAGUCGAUGUACAAAGACAAAGAGAAGGAGGAGAAGAAAGCUAACUUCCUCACCAUGCUGUCUCCCCGAGAGGAUGGAGGCCCGUGCGGAGAUGAGGACGUUCUUAAUUUUCCUAUACGAGACCUAGUGCAAAGUCUGGGGGAGCUCGUGUCUGGAGAGGACACGGUGGAGGGCUCUACUGAAAAAGGGAAGGAAUUCACUGGGGAUGACCACCAACGGGCUGGGGAGACCUUUGCCGUGUUCCCCCCAGACAUCUCUUCUUGGAGGAAAGACGAGGCCGCAGAUGAAGAAAGCAAAGGCAAUCUGGAUGCAGUGCUUUCUGCCUCGAGUGAGACAUCUCAUCUUGAUAGAGAGACAGAGCCCACACUGUUAGGUACAGGAAAUAUUGCUUUCACAGCUGGGGCAACGGACGACAAAUGCAAAUCAAAAACCCUUCCAUAUGCACAAAGAACUGUGCUGCCAUGUUGGAGUGAUGUUGGAGAGGAGAUAGGUACGUGUCCAGAGAAUGCAGAUCAUACCCAAGAUGAGGCAGAGCUAAUUGGAGCAACCAACACAUGCUCUCCAUCAGAUAAAGAUCUUCAUCAUUUCUACGACCAUACAUGUGCCACAGAGUCCAUCUUUGACGCAAGACCACCAAUAAUACACAUCAUCAGCAACAGUGAUGAUAUCCAAGCUAACAAGACUGAUGGGGAACGCAAAAGAGAUGAUUUAAGUCAGCAUGAGUCAGCUCUUGCACUCAGUUCACCGCCAUUACAGAAACACCAUGUCGAGAUGAAGAGAGUCUCUGAAGACUCAUCUCUGACAAAGAUCAACACCACAUGGGAGUCACCGACUGGUGGUGAGGACAACAUGUGGGCAAAAAUGCCUGGGUUCUCUCAAGAGUCCAUGUUAAACACAGAAGACAGAGGCAAGCAGAACUCACAGUCUUCACUUGAAACUGCAGAGCCUGCCAAGGUGGCCUCAAAAGACCCCUUCCACACAGACGUUCAGGGUGACAUACGCCCAAGCACCUUGUUGUCCAAUCAGGGAUCUGUGGAUGACGGUUUCUUCUUCACCCAUGAGGACGAGGCUUCGGGAAUUGCUGAGCUCGGAUAUGAUGGAGACGAGUAUGAAGACAACAGGAAUUGGGAAGACGAACAGGAGAGAAUCCAGGCUUUCUACAAGUUUUACAAUGAAAGCGAUGGGGAAAUGGAUCAAGAAGGCAGGAAGACAAAAGUACACUUUUGCAUGGAUCUGUUGCCUCAAGUCUUUCACUAUGAUAGUGAGGCGGAUUUAUUGGACAGUUCUACUGAGGCAGAGGAAGAGAUGAUCCCUGAAUACAACGGGAAGAGAGAAAAUGAUACACCCACAUUGAACUCCAAUCUACAACUCAACCGCGAUGUGGUACCAGAGACUGGUCUUGGGUGGCUGAAAUCCAUCCUCAAGAUGUUCUUGGUGAUGGGGACUGGCCUGCUGGUGUUCUGGUGGACUAUGGAUGAGACUGACUUCCUUGGACUCCCUCUUUUCAAGGGAUAAUAUGCCUACCUUCUUUAUUCAUGUGAAGCAUUGCUUGAUGGCUUGUCCAAAGUAAAUUCCAUUACUAAAUUUGUAUUUCACAAAGAAAUGUAAAUCUGUGAAUGACAGUUUAGAGCCAUGGAGGGAUUCAAGACGGAGGCCAUGUGUGGCCUGGUUUAUAAUUUGCAAACAAUACAAUUAGUGGAACCGUUACGUAUAUUAGCUUUUCAACUUACAGUCGAGGACUCGACGCUUGUAGCUGUUGAAAUUAAAUAAUUUCUCGUAUCACAAAAUAUAAUGCUGAGGAGGAUCAUAGUGAUGGGUCGUUCGCGACCGAAUCAGUUCGAAUGAACGAAUCUUUAACAAGAACAAACCAAACUGAUUCUUCUCUCUCGUUCGUCUCGUUCGUUUUCAGACUCGACUACCAGACCAAGUAGUCGCUGAGUCUCUGACUCGCUGUUCGUUCACUGACUGUGAGUGGUGAAAAGGGAAGAGGCUUAGUGAGCGAGGGUACGAUAAUACGAUUCAAUGUCAGUGAAAUGGAAAAUGCAUGCUGUCAUUGUACUUUCUGUGUCAUGCCAGAUUAAUCAUAUAUUUGAAUGUCUCGUCAAUCUGUCUCGUUCUCUCAUGGUUCAUUCUCCCCCACCAUCAUAAACAUAACUUUACAUAAACAUCCAAUAAUCAACUACCCCCCCAUCCCGCUGCGUUAGGUUAAAGUAGUAAUGUUGUGCUGAUUGAUGACCGACUUCCACGAUCGUUUGAGAAUGAGAACGAGGGAGGAGCUGAGUCUGACUGACUCAGCUGAGAACCGUGCAUUCCAUGAUUCGAUUCACCGCUAGUCCGCUACCGGAAACUCGACUGAACGAACGAACAAACUAUUCUGAAUGACUCUUCUUGGCGAACUGAAUGACGCAAACUAAAUCAAGGAAAAUAAUCAUUGAGUCCAUCACUAAUGAG